AUGACGUCGCUGACCCUCAGAGAGAUUGGGGUCACUAACGACGUCGCAGGGGAUCAUGACGUUCUAGAGCUCUUCGCGGUGUGUCGCGAGGGCGUGGUGCACGUGGCGGCGUCCCACCUACUGCCGGACCAUGUCGCAGUGACCACAAGAAAUGGUUUUGUUGAGCUCAUUGACACCGCCACUGGUGAGUUUCGUCUCUUCCUGACAUAUCUCGAUCGAAUCCCUCUUGAUGCCUCGCUGCGAUGCUUCUCACUGGUGCCUAGCCUUUACGCGGCAUCGCCGCAGCAGCGCCAUCGACGCCAUCAACACCACCUCCUUUACUCUCUCUCCUACUCGAACGAGCUCCUGUUGGCGAACGUGGAGACGGCCGAGGUGCGCGUCUUUGCAACUUGUGGGAGCCGGCCAAGUGUGGUGCAGUGUGACGGGGACUACAUCGUCUGCGGUGAAGGGAACGGGCAGGUGGCGGUGUGGCGUGCGAGUGUUGAGGAGUGGGUCACCCGGCAUUCCGCUAGCUCCGCUGCAUCUGCCUCACCAUUGCCGCCUCUGUGGAGGACUUCCUUCUUUGACAGCACCGUCGUUUGUGCAAAUCUCCAUCGAGAUCAGCUCAUUUGUUGCUCGGCAGACUACCGCUGCGUCGUAGCGUGCGUGGAAGACGGGGUUGUGCGCGCCACCCUACCCCUCGAUCUGGACCAGGCGGUUGCUGUGUUUGCUCUCACGAAGCCACCGGCGACAUCGUUGCUGCACACAAGUCUAGCAGUGUGCCUCACCUCACGCAUCUCCGUCUUCACAUCGAUACCGCUCGGCGACACGGCUACCUCAGCGCAGUUUUCCCGGCCUUUGCCGACUUCAACGCACUCGGAGCGCUGGAUGCAUCAAGGGGACUGUGUUGUGGAACGAGAGGAGGUGGCGUGCGCUUCAUGCCUUGGGGGUUAUCUGGCAGCUGGCACUAUCUCUGGACUGGUGCUGCUGUACUCCUGCGACGCUGCCGAGUCACUGGUGAGGGAGCUAGUGCGCUUUAACGUCGGCUACGGCGUGAUAGGCAUGCAACUCUUCCCCAGCGGUACACUCCUUGUCGUCACAUCGGUCGGCGAUGUCUGGCGAUGGCCGCUGGGCGAUUUGCUGCGCAACACGAGCGCGAGCGGCACAGAAGGCGUGGGUGAUGAGCUGACCGAGGCGGAGCCGACGGCUGCUACACAGCAACCUCCGCUGCCGUUGGCUGCACCAGGGGUACCAGCGGCUUCGUCUCCGGUGAACAAUACUCUUCCUACUGAGCCGCGUGCGCCUGCCACCUCGUACGAAGUGAGCUACACGCAGGAGGGCGACAUAGAGGACCGCAGCCUCUCUGCCCACGGCACCUCAAUUCUGGUGCACACACAGCAGAGGGAGAGGGAGGCAACAGCAGAGGUAGAAGAAACCAUUAUCGCAGAAUCUGUCGACGCUGACGGCCUUGCAGUUGGUGCUAGCCGUGACGCUGAAGCGGAGGGAACUCCAUCUGUACAUCUCUCUACGGCAUCUGCGUCUGUUCGGACCUCAAGUGCUUCCCCCAAGGACGAUGCUGGCGAGGACCACCCGGACGAGCGCGGCAGCGACAGCACAGAGAUGGACCCCCACCGCACCGAACCAGCGACAGUUUCGUGCCUUCCGCCGCCGCCUCUGCCCGUGUCGUCGACGGUUUCAGAGAAGUCUAAGGAGAGGAGAGGCGUCGGCAGUGUAGUUCGCUGCGCCACCGAGUCGCAGCGGCCAACCCUCUACGACCCGGAACAGAGCACUGAAGGGCCAGAGGUGGUGAACGUGAGUGUGUCGUGCAGUGCUGCUGGAGAUUCGGCCGACCUGAGCCAUGAUGACCUGCACAUCGCUGUCUCACCGCCUUCCACUGCUGACACCACUACCCACCACGACGCAGCGUUGGAGGGCAGCGGCGCAGAGGGGCCGGAGGCGGCAGCGAAGGGGCCAGCCCCAGGUGCAGCAAGGGUGGCAGCCAAGGAGGGGGCGAUCAAUGACAAGCGCAUCCAGACUUUUCAGAGCAACAACGUCUACAUCCAGAACACCGCUGAUGUGAUGCAAGAUGCUGUGCACAGAAGCCCAGGUAUUGCAAGCAGAGAGGGAGCAGGUGUGAAGGCCUCUGUGGAUGACCUGGAGCUCGAGUUCACGCACACAUUGAAGCGACUGCUAGGGCCAGCUGUGGGCGUUGAAGGUCUCCGCAAGAACCGUCGUAUGAGUCCUCGCAAAGUAGCUGGCGUUCUUGCCAACCUCACAAACCAGCAGGCAGCCGCAGCUGGCGCCAAAGCGCUCUCCCACGAGACACCAUCGCACCCACGUGCGCUCGAGGGGUUGAACAGUACCAAGUUACUGGAGGAGAAGCGGGCGACGCUAGAGGCAGCUGCGUUCAACUUUGAGGGGUAUCGGCAGGCUCACCGCCUGGAGGUGGAUGCCUUAAAAUAUCGCCAUCCUCUGCAGGUCCCUACCUACACCCUGCAGGAUCGUGUCUUUGACACCGUUGAGUCUUCUAAACGUCUUUGCGACAAGGAGUCCGGGACCGAACGUGGAGCCGCAGGGAAUGCUGCCGCCGUUCUCUCCGCGGCACCACAGGAUGACCUACGCGACGUGACAUACGGGAAGGUGAAGUGGACCCUCGACCCUCGCAUCGCCGAAGAGCGUCGGCGCGGCGGGCCAGAGAUGGCGCAGCACCACUGCGAUGACUUGAUCUUCUCAACUCCCCACUCUGCGAAGGCCACGGUGCUGUUUGCCGAUGAGGCGCCCCUCAUGCCCAGCACGGCGUGGGAGGAGGUUCUCUUGCUGCCGCUGCCGCUUCCCUCCGCUCCCUCUGUUUUCUAA